GAACAAUUGAAAGAUAUCAAAAACACUGUUUAUUCAUACAGUCUCAGUAAAAAAGAAUGUAAAACCUUGGCUCCACUUCCAUAUCCUAAAGCAAGACAUGUUUUGGGAAAAUAAAAACCCGAGGAGGUCAUCUUGUCAAAGACAUUCAAGAAUCGAUAAAAAGAUGGAAGAUAUGCAUAAAGAAAAUGAAAACAUUAUUUCAUGAAACAGAAAUACGAACAUACAAUGUAAACUUUGUCAGUAAAUUAUAAAAGUCUUCAACAAUGGCUACAAAUGACUCGAAAGGUGGAUAUGAACAGGAGAGAUUUGCCGAUAAAGUUCAUCCAAGAUUUGAAUGUCCUAUAUGUUUUAAAGUAUUUAAGGAUCCUGUUCAAUGUCCAAAUCAGCAUUAUUUCUGUCGUUCUUGCAUCGAAAGAUGUCUGCAUACUUCGAACAAAUGUCCUCAAUGUAAUUGUCAAAUCACGUCGGAGACAUUGCAGGAUAUACCUAGAAUUGUCACCGAAAUGUUAGAAGAUGUUGAUAUUCGCUGUAAGAAUGUUAACCGUGGUUGUCCUGAAAUUAUGAAGCUUCAAUUUCUCCAGCGUCAUCAGAAGAACUGUGGUUAUUCACCUACACCUUGUAGAAAUGAAGGUUGUGACGAAGUCGUUAAUAGAAACGAGAUUGAAGAACAUGAAAGUGAACGAUGUGAGUUCCGUCUUAUCGAUUGUGAAGAAUGCAAAAUGAUUCUCGUAUUUAACCAUAGGCGUUCUCAUCCAUGUUUCAUGAGGAAGGAAAUUGACGAGUUAACGAAAAGAUUGGAGAUGUUUGAAAAGAGUCAAGAUGACAGGGUUAAGCAUGUUGAAGAGCAAGUGAGGUUAAGUCGUAAUGAAAUGAAGUUUCUUACAACAGAAACGACAGAAAGAUGUAAUUUUCUUACGGGAAAAGUAAAGAUUUUUGUUUGCGGAGGUUAUGAUGGGAAGUAUAAUUUAAAUUCUGUGGAGUCUUUCAACUGGGAUUUAAAUUGUUGGAAACUGGAACCAAAAAUGAAAGAACUACGAUCUAGAGCAACUGCAUUUGUUCAUGGUCGAGAAAUAUUUGUCUGUGGUGGUUCCAAUAGGAAACAGCUGUUAGAAAAUAUUGAAAGUAUAAAUGUGGAUGGAAAAUUGCAAUGGAAAAUAUCUCAUAUCAUGUUACCAAGACAUUGUUAUGGACAUAGUAUGAUUUACCAUAAUGAUAAUGUGAUUAUGAUUGGUGGAUAUAAUAGUAACGAAGCCUUUGAUACAAUCUACAGUAUUCAACUAAAUCCUCCACAUACGACAAAAUUAUUGGCGCAAAUACCAGAGCCAAGAUUUUACCAUGGCUCUAUUCUCAUUGGCGACGAUGUUUUAGUAUUUGGUGGGGGAAUAUCUGCUGGAUUAAAACAUAUUAAGAACACUGUUUAUUCAUACAGUCUCAGUAAAAAGGAAUGCAAAACCUUGGCUCCACUUCCAUAUGCUGUAAGUGCCAUGGGUAUAGUUAGCUAUAAAGGUAAUGCAAUCUUGAUUGGAGGUGUAAAUGAUAAUGAUGAAAGACUAGAUAAAGUUUUGAUGUAUGAUGUGAAAACAGGACAAACUACAAUGCUUCCUUCACUUAAUCAUAAAAGAUGUGCAUGUUCAGCAGUUAUCAUUGGAAAUAUUAUUGUUGUGGUUGGUGGGUUUGACGAGGAAUCGUAUCUUAAUUCCGUUGAAUGUCUUGAUAUGAGUACAAACAUCUGGAGAGAACUACCUCCUAUGUUGACCAAACGAGAAUUUUCUGCUGCAAUUGUUUCUCCAAUUUAUUAAAAAUUUAAAUACUAAAACAUACAUGUUUUAUGCUUCACUAAAAUAAUUUUUGCCGGUCGUAAAAUGAAACAACCAUUUUAGAAACUUAAGUCUGUAGUUUAAAGUACAGCGUUUUUGCUCGAACAAGGCGCCUACCUCUUUUAUCGUAGCCAUUUUAAGAAAUGUCAAUUUUCAUGUGAUUUAUAUUACUGAUAAACUGUUAACAUGUACGUAACUUAUAAUGCAAUGUAAAUAAUUAUCUUAAAGUUUCUAAAACUAUAUUUUGCAACAGUA